AUGAGCAGUACGGAGCAGCUUCGCCGCGCAUUGCCAGCCAACCAUGUCGAGAAUACCUUCGCCAGCUGGGCUUUCCUUCGAGAGUACAGCAUAGAAGAGGACCUAGGCUGCCUGACCGUCAUACGCCUCGACAGCGAAUGCUUGCGCGACACAGUCGCAGUCGAGCCAGUCGCCUCGCAGUUUGAGGCCCUCGUCCGAGCGCUCGAAGAGCCUACUCUGCGGAUGCUCGCCAUCAUCACAACAGCCGAUGGCGACAGCAACUACGCAGCCACAGCCAAGCAGCUCGGCGCCAAGUUUGUCGGUGACGGCGGCAAGAUUAUGACUGCGAAUCUGUCUCCCACGCCAGGGGACGCUACUCCAGAGGAAAGGCUUUCUGCUGUCGACCCUACAUUUGUCGCACAGAUCGAGGAGAAAAACGCCUGCUGUGUUGUCCAGAUCAUGGCUGGCGAAAGGGUAGCAUCUACAGGCAAGACUACUGUCAAGGACGGUGUUGCAACCUUCGAUGGCAUCUUCACCGAGAUGGAGUUUCAGCGGCGCGGCUUGGCGACGUGCGUGAUGGCUUUUCUGGUGCGUUGGGCGCUUGCCAAUGGCGCCGCGCAUGGGCUCUUGAACGGCUCGCCGCACGGCCAAAUGCUCUACCACAGCCUGGGCUGGACUGCCAUUUACGACGUCAUAAAUAUUGGCGGCGAGCCAGUUCUUGGUUUUCUGGACCGGAUGCGCCAGAAAUAUGCCCCAAAAAAAUAA